AUGUCUGACAACGCUUCUAAUAACAUCAAUAUGGGCAACUACCACAACGGAACUGUCCCCGCUACACCCAUUGCCCAGAACAUUCAGGAGCAAAGCGCCGACAACUCUCACCAGUCAUCCAUCCCCCGAACAGCAGGCAUGCACGUCCAAAACAUUCAUCACCAGGGCCAGGACAUCAACAUGGCUCCCCCUUCUUACCUCGACGACCCUUUUAACCCGAUCCACUACCAGCAUCUGGCCCACAUCAAGACCCUCGAGGACGUGUUCGACGACUACCCUGUCGACUUUCAAUCGCCACUCAAUUUCGAAUAUGCCGGCCAUCCCGCCGUUCGUAACAUUUUCAACCCCAUCAACACAAUCGGCAACCUCCAAGGAGCCAUUGACGCGGCCGCAGCUAGGCGGAACGCGAUGUACUGCCUCACCCACCUCGGGAAUCGGCCUGGCAAGGAUACCAUCCUGGAAAUCUAUCGUCGCAAGGCUCUAGGAUACGGCACUUGCUCUACGGACUUCGCCUGGAUGCCCAAGGAGACCGGGAAGCGGUGCGACCGGUGCGUCGAGAUGAAGAGGAACCGGAUGGAGAACCGCGCGGCGGCGGCCGCGGCAGCACAGCCUGCUCAGCAAUCUCAGGAGGACGGAGCCGACACCAGCCAGGCUACCUCUACUGAUGACUCGAUGAUGUCGGGAGAAGCGAUUGCCAACCUCCAUAUCUGA